AUGUCGGGAAAACUAGACGGCGGAGAUAAGGGCACUGGCAAGCUGCCAGCGAGGCGUAGAGCGCUCUAUACUCCACGAGACACGGAUGUCAGAGAGUACCCUAAAAAUGUCUUUGAAUAUGUAGUUCACGGGAUAUUUGGAGACCCCGACCACAAAUGGGGCCCGUUUGCUAGACAUGUUAGGGCGGCUAAGAAAGAAGGACGUUGGGAUGAGUGGAGGCUUCGUGAUAUCGUGAAUGAGGAACCUGAUGAUUCGGGCGAUGAAUCAGAUGACCACCACAGGAGGCGAAGCAGCAGGGGAUCCCAAAGAAAAGGCCCGCAAAGAUAUAAGAUAGCCGAAGAGCUAAGACUCGAUAGUCGUCCUGCGCAUAUCGACUUCGAACAACUUCUUGGUCGCAUAGCCCACCCUGGCGAUUACGACGAUGACUUCUAUAAGACGCACUACGCCAACCUAUACACCAAAACGGUAGAGUUCGCAACAAAGUGGUUUGAUGGCAAUGUGAACUUGGACAACUUUAGUCACCCGGCCCAGAUCUGGACUGCUAAUAUGACGGAGCAAUUUGCCGAAUACGCCCGCCUGGUUGCCCACGAGGAUCGAGGAAACGGCGGAUGGCCCAUCAUAUUAAAUGAUGCGACGCAGCGGAAAUGGCUUGUCGUUGGCAUCCUAGGCCAGAUUAUGGAGAAGAAGAUUUUUACCGAGCUUUUGUUCGGAGCGGACGAAGAUACCGAAGAGGAAUUAGAGAGACUCGACUUUAAGUGGAUGGAAAAAGAAGGAUACGACCGUAAGAUCGCUCGUGCUAUCACUGCGAGGUACGGUGUAGAAGGAGGACUACUCCCAGCAGACUUCUGGCCCAAGGUCGACGAGCUAACGGCCAAGACCAUGAAUAUCUUCUUACCGUUCCUUAACGUAUUCAAGGAAGUCUUCCCGGGCCAGACAAGCACAUGGUACUCGAAAACGAUAUUCUUACAAGAAUUACACACGUUAAUCUCGUACGCGGGCAUGAUCCAAGUCUGCAUGGCCAUCUCGCCUUCUAUCUUCCAUUUCCUCUCCGCCACGCCCGGCGCCCGCAUGGACUACGGCCAGGAGCAGCAGGCUGACGUGCAGCUGUACCGCGAGUCUAAGGAGCUGUACGAGGGAGAAGAUCGAGUCUGGAAAGAAUACGUCAACGCCGCCGUGAAGGGCGCCCGCGUCAACAGGCGCGUUCAGCAGCCGAUCCAGAUCCCCCAGAACGAAAAAGAACUCCGCGUCAUGGAGUACCACAGGAUCCGCGGUGCCAAGGUCAAGUUCGCCGUGUUCCCCAAGGUCACGCGCUACAGGCCUUAUAACAAGGGCAAAGGCGUUCCCGAAGCCACUCUUAGCUAUGAUCCUAAAACCGAGGCCUGGGAUGAUGAGCGACAAAAUGUCGAAGGCCAGAGCAUCAUCGACAUCUCAAACUGCAUGGUUGUUUACUACCAGGGCUUGAUCUACCCAGAGGACGACUACGUCGAGGCCAUAACCCUGGAUGAGCACUUGAACACGCUUCUCUGGCAGCCGAACGGUCUGUACGGACUGCUAGAGGCAGGCUUCAUGGUUCUUUUCGGCGCGUCCAGAAGGGCGUUUUGGCAUGUUUUGGUGUGCGGUGGGCUCCUUUGGAGUAUAUUCUCGGCCUACAAGGGUUUCGACUACAUUACAUAUCUGACCAAUUACUGGCUCAUUCCUCUCCUCUGGAUUUCUUGCUGUGUUUAUUUCCUUGCCAAACCGCACAUAGAGGUAGGCAAUUGGAGGAAGGGCGGGUUUAUUAUCGGUGCCUGGGUAUCGUUCGUAUACCUCAUCGGCGCUUAUUAUACUCUUACGGGUGUUGAACCCCCGCAGCGUAACUCGACAGUAGGCUGGGAUUUCCUUGGAGGUCAAAUCGACAACACCCUUGGUGACAGACUUAGAGAUUUAUUGAAGCAAAAGAAGUAGGCUUGGAGCACUCUGGAGGAAAAAUGCAUGAGCCAGUGGAAGAAUGGGGAAACGUGGGUCUCGGUGAUUGGUGGUAGUGGUUAUAGAACGGCGAUAGAGUGAUGACGAUGGUCAUUACGGUGGUGACUGUGGUGGUGCACACGGUUUGGUGUUCGGUUC